GCCAGCAUUGGCUCCGCCUCCUGUUCUGAUUCCAGCCUCCGUCCUGCACCCGGUUCUUCCUCUCCAGCCUUGGCCAUGCCCCGGUAACAUCCUCUUCCUCCUGUUUCUCUGUCUGUCUUUAGGCUGGAACACUGGAAUCCAAGGGCCAGGUAGAGAGCCGAUCACAAGGGGGCGACAGUGGUUGCGGCGGCACUCUGAGCGCCCAGCGCAGGGGCCCGGGGCCAGUGGGAGCGGGAGAAGGCAGGGCCGACUACCACUUCUCGUACGGCAGCAUGUGCAAGGCGCCGCCGGACGCCAGCAUGGUGGACUGGGCCAGCAAGAACCUGAACCUGCACACGCAGGGGCUGUUCAGGCGGCGUGUCUCUAUCGCCAACAUGCUCUCCUGGAACCGCGGAUCCAUCAAGAAGCCCAUGCUGAUCACCAGCGACCGCGGCAUCAAGAAGGAGGCCUGCGACAUGUUCAAGCUGGUGCAGGCCUACAUGGGCGACCGGGCCAGCCGUCUGGACCGGCGCCACGUGGCGCUACUCAUCGUCACUAAGUGCUGGGGCAUGCAGGGCCUGCGGGACGAGCUCUACGUGCAGCUGGUGCGCCAGACCACCGACAACCUGUGUCUGCGCAGCCUAGCUGCGGGCUGGGAGCUGAUGGCCGUCAGCCUGGCCUUCUUCUCUCCGUCACCCAAGUUCCGGCGCUACCUGGAGGGCUACAUCCAGCGGCACCUGGAGCCGCGCUGCGACGACAUGAUAAUGCAAAACAUCAUGGAGCAGCAGGACCUGAAGAACAAAAAGAACUCAAAAUCGAGGAAGAAGAGAAAACAGAACCUCGAGGAGGAAGAAGAGAGUAAGUUCCACGUCUCGCCGCUGGGGGGCACAUGACAUGUAGUGUGAUGUUGGGGGCCGGUGCGUCACGUGCUCCAAUCACGUGCUCCAAUCACGUGCUCCAAUGAAAACAGCAAGGGCGAAGCAAGCCCCCUCCCUGGGUGGACAUUUUGGAGAAGGCGGCCAACAGGGCAGCUUUUUAGGACACACCUGUUGCUCUGAGUACCAAUGGCCUCCGUAUGGAGCGGCAUGUGCCGGUCGCUUUGGGUUCACCCUCGAGUCUUUGGAAACGUUUGGAAGUGUGCCGAUCCUGUCCUGCUGGCCUGGAGCACAACCACCCGCGAGAGA